AGACGGAGAGGGGGCGGCCGGCUGCCGGCCAGGCGGCUCAGGUGAGGCGUCGUGGGACCCCCCCUACCCGGGAGACGAAGGCGGCUCCCAGGACAUGUACCCGGGGGUUGCGCGGCGCGGGCCCGUGGAGCAGCGGCCGCCCACGCCGGAGACGGACUAUGCCGAGGCGUCUCCCGACGAGCUGGAGGGUUACCCCGAGGAGGACUACGAGCCCGUGGGCUCCUACGAGCGCGGCGCUUCGCCCUACCGCCUCGCCGAGCCGGGCUCGCCGGCGGGCUGCCGCGGGCCGCGCCGCGCCGAGGGAGCCGUCUUCUGCGCCGAGCCCUACGCUGCAGAGCCGGUGCCGGCGCUCGGCCGCCGCGACAGGGGCAGCAGCGGCUCCAGCCAGGACAGCGGGCCCUUCGCCGCCUGGCCCGGCAGCGCGCCGGCGCGCGGGGAGGAGAAGCUCAAAAGCCUCGAGAAGGCCGGUGUGCUCAACCGGACCAAAACGGCGGACCGAGGGAAGCGGCUGCGGAAGAACUGGAGCUCGUCCUGGACUGUCCUGGAAGGGGGGAUCCUGACCUUCUUCAAGGACUCGAAGCACUCGUCCGCCGGCGCUUUGAGACACCCUGCCACUCUGACCACGCCGGAGCACACGGUGGAGCUACAAGGGGCCACCGUCACCUGGGCCAGCAAGGACAAAUCCAGCAAGAAAAACGUCCUAGAGCUGAAGACGCGGGAAGGCUCGGAGUUCCUCAUCCAGCACGACUCGGAGCAGAUCAUCGCCACAUGGCAGAAGGCCAUCAUGGACAGUAUCGGGCGGCUGGGUGCAGACUUCCCUCCAGAAGAUGAUGUGGAAAAUGGGGCUGAAUUUGGGUCCAGGGAGAAACUGGGAACUAUCGAAGAGAAGAGGACUGCAGCAUCCGGACAGGCAACGGGCAGUGCCAGCAGCGAGAGCGACUCCAGCAAAGUGCGCAACAAGCUGCGCAAGUUUCUGCAGAGACGGCCCACGCUGCAGUCGCUGCGGGAGCGGGGCUACAUCAAAGAUCAAGUGUUCGGUUGCUCCUUGCAAACGCUGUGCGAGCGGGAGAGGAGCACGGUGCCCCGCUUUGUCCAGCAAUGCAUCCAGACAGUGGAGAGGAGAGGUUUGGACAUAGACGGACUGUACCGAGUUAGCGGCAACCUGGCGACAAUCCAGAAAUUGCGCUACAAAGUGGAUCACGAUGAGCAUCUCGACCUGGAUGAUGGGCGGUGGGAGGACAUCCACGUCAUCACCGGGGCCCUGAAGCUGUUCUUCCGUGAGCUGCCAGAGCCACUCUUCCCCUUCGCCUACUUUGACAAGUUCAUCGCUGCCAUCCAAAUGCACGAGCCAAUGUGGCGGAGCCGGUGCGUCCGCGACCUAGUGUAUUCCCUGCCACCCGCCAACCACGACACCAUGAAAGUCCUCUUCCGACACCUCUGCAGGGUGAUCGAGUACAAGGAGGAGAACCGGAUGUCAGUGCAGAGCGUUGCCAUCGUGUUUGGCCCCACGCUGCUGCGACCGGCGAGCGAGGAGGGCAACAUGGCCAUGCACAUGGUCUUCCAGAACCAGAUAGUGGAGCACAUCUUGAACCAAUACAGCUACAUCUUCCCAGACGGCUAAGUCUGGCAGCACAGGGACGUGCAGGGACAAGCGCAGUGGCAGGGACUCAGAGGAGCAGAAUAGCAAGAGAAGGACUCUUGGGGUUGCAUCGCAUAACGCUGGCCUAUCCUCAGACUAUGGACCAUGGUGGCAGCGAUUGUUGGUUCAAUAAAUAGGCAGGGCCAGAGCCCGGUGGCCUGGCAGACUCCACAACGUUGACUGCACAAGCCACAUGAACCCAGGACGUGGUUCAAGGGACAAGUGCCAGAGCUGGUGGCACAAGAAACAGUCAUCCUCGGC